GCGGUCACAGACGGGCGACUGCUGGUUAGUUUGUGCUCUAGAUUAUUGUUAAGGUUGUGUGGACUAUCACUGCGGAGUUCGGCCUUAUAUCAUUACAUCAAAAUCGGCCAUUUCACAGCAAUGAACCAGGGGAAUAACACAUGCAUGGAAUAAUGCACUUAUUCCGACAAAUAUUGCGACGCUUGAGGAACGAAGACAAGGCUGGGAUGAAUUCGAGAAGGCCGGAUCGAGACGGCGCAAAUAAUGCAAUAAACAGCCAAUAAAACGACCCACUGUUGAUUUGUAUAGAAACUAAGGGCUCUAUCAUCUAAGACGGAGAAGACAACAGAAGACACUCUGCCUCAGAAUAGAUUCUCUGGCUGAAAUCUGAGAAAACUGGUCCAGACUAUACCAAACGCAAGCCAUGGCUGCCAUAAUUACAGUAAAACUACAAAACUACUGAGAUUCCUGCACUACAGCCCAACUUUUUCUCACCAGUUGUGAUGGCCAACACUGUUGCUACUCUGGUGGUCCAAACUGAACUCUUACCUUCUCAGACAUCCUCCUCCCGCUCUCCCUUUCCUUCCCUCCUCCCCUCCGUAGAGGAUGGAGAGGAGGAUGGAGAGAAGGGAGAAGAAGAGGGCAAAGAGUCAGGAACCGUCGGGCUCACAGGUGACAUUGUGACAUCGUCAACACCCCCUGUUGCAACAGUGGCUCAAAACCCAGAGCAUCCAUUCCAGUGUUUGGACUGUGGGAAGAGUUUUAAGUGGUCAUCCAGACUGGCACAUCAUCAGAGAAGCCAUAACAAUGAGAGGCCAUAUCGCUGUAACCUUUGCCCUAAGGCCUUUAAAGGCUCAUCUGCCCUACUAUACCACCAGAGGUCUCAUUCUGGAGAGAAACCUUAUAAGUGUGAUGACUGUGGUAAAGCAUUCAAACGCUCUUCUCUUCUGCAGAUUCAUCGCAGUGUGCAUACAGGCCUUCGCACUUUCCAGUGCUCCUACUGCCCUCUGACCUUCAAAUGGAGCUCACACUACCAGUAUCACCUCCGCCAGCACACUGGUGAAUGUCCGUACCCAUGUGACAGCUGCUCCAAAGCCUUCAAGAACUCCAGCAGCCUGCGUCGCCAUAAGAACGUACACCUGGGCUUCAAACCUUACAUCUGUGAUGUCUGCAGUAAAGCCUUCAGUCAGUCUACUAAUCUGCGACAGCACAUGCGCAUUCAUACGGGUGAACGUCCGUAUGUCUGUGGGGAUUGUGGGCGCAGCUUCACACAUUCAUCCAACUUGGCGCUGCAUCGCAUCUCUCACAUAGAAGGAAAGGGAAGAAGUGCUGGGAAGCCUGGAGGGGCCAGUUCAGGGUCAGCAACUCGAGAGAUGGAGGUGGUGCUGACAGAGGAUUUGAACACUGUUGGGAUGAGCAUUUCUGAAAUGGUUGGACUUGUGGGUGGACAGGAAGGAGGGGUCGGACAGGUGUUCCUGUCUCAUGAUACGUCCUCACCUGCUAACUCAGGUACAGCCAAUCAGAAUAUCCUGCCACAGCUGACACUCACACCCACUUCCUCCGCUGUCACAGACACAGAGCAUAUCCACAUGAGCAAGACCGACAUAGGGGCUAGUGUUUUGCUAUUUAGUUGUGGCAGCUGUAAUGAGACAUUUUCAACACAGAGUCACCUUGAGGAGCAUCAGACUCUACAUCUAGAUAGCCUUGGCCCAGCAGGUGGUGGAGGGGUUGCUACAGAAAAUAGCACAGAGGCUGAGGGAGGUGGAGUGUCACUGGUGGGGGCUACACCAUUGUUGGCAGACUUUGAAGAGGUUGUUGAAACCACCACAAUUGCAGAUAGUGGGCAGACUUCAGAGUUACUUAGUCUGGAUGCCGUUAGAAAUGAGUCGGGGCAGGCACAGUAUGAUCUUCCGCAGACCUUCGCUGCGUCUGUGAACCAGAUGUCCACUGAUACCAGUGUGCCAACUGCACAAGCUACACCAGAAUGUGCCUACUGUGGGAAGAGUUUCAAGACCAGCAGCGGACUGACCAGACACGUGGCUCAGGCCCAUCCUCUUGCUCUAUCUGAGUCACGUUCUCAGUUCAACUGCUCGGCAUGUGACCGCUCCUUCCCUCUGCUCUCCUCUCUGCUCAACCACCAGCACUCCCACACUCCUGAGCAAAGGCUGCUUGCUGAGGCAGAGGCAGAAGCAGAGAUCGUCUGCCCCUCUCUCUCACUGCCACUGCCCUCCUUAAAGAGAGGGGGAGAAGAUGGAGAGAGAGAGAUCCAUGUCAGUCUGAUUGCUGUUACUGAGGAGGGAGAGGGACGAGAUGUGAAGCCAUCUGCCAAAGCAUCAGGAAAGGGAGCCAGGAGAGGUGGAGGUAGCAAGACAUCUGCCACAAAUAACGAGAGGCCAUAUCGCUGCUCUGAAUGUGGGAAGUCAUUCAAAGGUUCAUCAGGACUUAGGUACCACAUGAGAGACCACACUGGGGAGAGACCGUAUCGAUGCACAGAGUGUGGCAAGAGCUUCAAAAGGUCCUCACUGCUCUCCAUACACCAAAGGGUCCACACAGGUGUGCGGGCUUUUCAGUGCCCCUACUGUCCACUGACCUUUAAGUGGAGCUCACACUACCAGUACCAUCUUCGCCAGCACACCGGUGAGCGGCCAUAUGUAUGUCAGGAAUGUGGCAAGUCUUUCAAGAACACCAGCUGUCUCCGUCGCCACAGUCAGCUCCAUUCUGGCCUACGUCCACACACUUGCUCUGUGUGUGGUAAGGCUUUCUCUCAGACCUCCAACCUCAAACAGCAUGAACGGACACACUCUGGAGAAAGGCCCUUUCAGUGCUCCCAGUGCCACAAGAGCUUCACCCACUCAUCCAAUCUGCAGCUGCACCUACGCACACACUCCUCACGCAAGGACUUCAAGUGCCAACACUGCGGAAAAGAGUUUGUCAUGAUCUCCUACCUGCAGAGGCACUUGAGAACUCACAGUUCUGGGGGUGCAGUAGCGUGUACGAAGGAAGCAGGAAAGGUGGCUAAAGGUAGUGGGGCUUCAGAGACAGCAACGCUAAAUUUAAACUUGAAUGUACCUGGAGGGCUUACCUCAUUGUUUCCCACUGAUAGCAAUUCCACAUUAAUUCUUUCACCCCCAAAUCUGGACAUACCUCCAAACACAUCACAGAACUAUUUUAUGAUCCAGACGACUUCAGGGUUGCAACUGAUCCCACUAUCCAAUCCCACGCCAACACAGCCAGCCCCUCCUCCUCCACCCCCACCCCCACAGCCACAGAAUUUCCUGCUUCUUCAGUGCCAGUCCAACAAUGGAAACCAGUGUAGUCUUAUCCUGGUUCCUACAGCAUCCAGUACAAACACUCUUCUGGCAGCACCCCAAACACAAAUCCAGCAAUUUCAACCAGUUCAGACACAGCAGAGAUUUAUUUUGACCAAUAAUAAUGCUCCCCUCAUUACUGCCCAGCCUCAAAGCACAUCGACGAUUGCUCGUCCCAUUUUAGGCAGCCUCGGUCGCAGCAGGAAGGGAGGAACCAGGCAUGGACGAAAGCCUAAAGCUGCUACCCAAAAAUCCCCCCCUACAGUUCAAACCACACCAGUUAAGCAACCGUUAAUGUUAUCAGCUGCAACUUCCACAUCUACCACAAUAUCCAGUGCCACUUCUGCUGCUUCUUUAAAGACAGAGUUCCCACAGCUUAUUGCUGACAGUCCACCAGCUGUGUCACCUGUCAGCACUAGCCAAGUACCUGAAAGCUCUUCAGUUCCUGCAGUUAGCAUCAUGUCAACAAACAGUUCCCCCAUGUUGAGCAGUGAUCUUGAGAGUGUUCCAGUUGAAGAGAAAGCUGUCGAAGAAAUCUCAAGGGAGCACUUUGUUCUGUGCCUAAAGAAAGAAAUGGAGAAUGGAGGACAGGGGGAUGGGAUGGAGGGAGGGAAUGAUGCUGGGCAGUCUUAUGUCUUGCAGAUUGAAGGUGAGGGCCAGCAAGAAGAGGGAGGGAAUAGUGAGGGAGGAGAGAAGUCAUAUGUCCUACGGUUUCAGACAGAGGGAGAAUGCGAAGGAGAUGCAGGAAAAGAGAAGGCAGAAAUGGUCUCUCUUAACUUACUCCAAGAGUGGACCGGACAGAGUGAGGGGCAUGGAGCUGCAGAUGCUGAGGGAAGUGUUGAAGUAGAAAAGUCAUUUGUGCUUCAUUUCCAAACAGAGCCUCAGAGUGAGGAGGACAUUCAGCCAAGCUCAGGCUUCAUAGGAGGUCCAGGUGAGGAUCUCAGCCUUUCUUGCCAUCCAGGUCAAGCCUUGGUGCCUCUGGAAGGGCAGGAUGUGGUUUUUGAGCUCGGUGAUGAGACAAAAAUAGAUGGAAGCACAGGUCCAGGGGACAGUGUUCAAAUGAUUGCACUGAUAGAUGGCGAGGGCAGUGGUUCUGGAGCAAGGGGCAGUUUUAAAGGUGCUGUUGGGGCAAACUCUGGCCAAAUGGAGGGAAUCUUCCAGUUAGAGGGUGGAGAAGGCAUUGUUAUAAUUGAAGUUAGCACCAGCAGUUUGAGAGAAGGUGGAAUAGAGGCAGCUGAUGUAGGACAUACUUUAGCGGAAGGAACUGAGGACAUGCAUGCUAAUGGUGCACGAGAGGAAGUAAUGUCAGAAUAGUUGAAACUCGCUGAGUCUGAGAGCAUAUCAUCGUCAGCGAUGGGACUGAUUGGAACUUAAGGAUAAGUAUGGAGAACUCUAAUAGUCAAUUUGACUGGCUUUAACACAAUUCACACCUCAUGACACUGUUUCAAAUGCAAAAUUGCAGAUUUGUUUACCACAUAUCAAAACUGGAUUAAUUUCAAGUAAUUGUUCUGUUAUUCUGAAGUGUUCCUUUUGGACUGUGAUCAAUGGUUUUAGAGAUUAGGAAGCUGACGACAAUGUUGUAGCUGUAGGACCAACACGGGACCUAUGUUGAAUCUUACAUAAAUCAUUAAAGACCUGUUUGUUUCACACAUAGACAUCCUUAGAACACCACAGUGUCUUCUUCCUAAGCUGUUGUCCCCCCCACCCCUGAGACUGCACUUUGUGGGGAUAAAGCAUAUUGCUUGGUAGUUACAGUUGUUCACCUGGCCCCUACAGGGAGCUAUUUCACAAACCACAAUCAUCGAAUACAGCCCAGCCAAAAAACAAUGGUUUCUAAAUGAAGGAAAUCCCUGGUGAUCUUCUACAUCCUGGGUGCACUGAAAAGAGAAUUUAUAAAGUAAUAUGAAAUAUGAGCUAUAUUCAGCUAUGCUGUCAUGUUGACAGUGACUGUACAAAGUGAACUUUUGUAAAUAUGUUUACUGUUUGUUUUCAUUCUUAAUAUUGCUACUAGAUGACAAUUACCAAUAAAAAUAGGUAUGAAUGAC